AACAUAGGAAGAUAGGAACAUAGGAACAGAGGAACAUAGGAACAGAGGAACAUAGAGCAGCAACGCAAGAGUUGCAGUGGAAGAAAUCUGCCUCCGUCGCAGUGUGCCCGUGUUAAACUUGCCCGAUGUCAACUCGGGUGCAUCGCGGUUACGUGGUGCGUAGUGUGUGCGAAAAGUGAAAUUAACCUACUUCCGCCCGCUCACGCACAUUCCCGUCCACUAGUGAAGUGCCUUUUGGAGCGAAUUGCAACACAAAAAGCAAAAUCGCCGCAAAAGCUCGAACAUCGUGGUGGUGACGUUCCGGUGCUGCUAUUUGUAUGCCCGUCGACGCGCCUGCUUCGAUGUCAACGCAAAAGGUGGCGUACGAUUUUGGGCAGUUGCUAAAAAACAAUGCAAACAGCUCCUCCCCCAGUGUUGACGGCGGCAAAAUGUCCGAGGCACCGAACGUGUUGAGCUGGUCCUGCGAGACGGUGAGUGAGUGGGCCCGGCGGGAGGGCCUUUCGCGGCGCAUCAUCGAGUGGAUCGCGAAAGAAGACAUCGAUGGUCGGUGUUUGCUGACGAUCACCGAGCAGGAUGUGCACGAUCUUCCACGCCACUGUUCGGCGGAACUGCGCUUUGGCGACAUCAAGCGGUUCUGGUUUGCGACACGAAACCUGCAACGACAAAACUUGACCACCAUGGGACCCCUCGGACUGACAGGGCUGUGGGCUGCGGAUCUCAUGGCCGGAGGCCUGCCCGACAUGCCGCACCAUCACCAGCAACAGCAUCACCAGGCACACCACUUUCCGCACCAAACGCAUCCUCACGGGCCAGUGCAUCCCGCGAUGCAGCAUGCGGCCAAUCUGCACCAUUCCCUGCUCGCCAGCAUGGGGACGAGCUAUGGAUCGGUCAGUUAUAGCUACAGUGACCUGGAACGGAUCUCUCCCCCGAUGUCCAUCGACGGUUGUGCGACCUGCAUUCAGCCAGAAUUUUUCAAAACGAUGAUAAGUUUGGGUUAUGCCUUUCUCGUUACCUGGAUCACGGCAUUCGUGAUGGUGGUUGUGCACGAGCGGGUGCCGGACAUGAAAAAGUAUCCCCCUCUGCCGGACAUCUUCCUCGACAACGUGCCCCACAUUCCGUGGGCGUUCCAUAUGUGCGAAGUGACCGGAACGUUGCUGUUUUGCAUAUGGGUUUGCGUCCUGGUGGUCCACAGGCAUCGAAUGGUGCUCCUGCGACGGUUCUUUGCACUGGCUGGAACCGUGUUUUUGCUGCGCUGCGUAACGAUGCUUAUCACCUCGCUGAGUGUUCCCGGGACACACCUCGAGUGUACGCCACACGAUCAUAAGUUCAACGAUAGCAACGUUCGUAUAACAGAAAUGAUUUAUCUCCGAAUCAGUCGUGCCUACACCAUCUGGAGCGGACUCGGCAUGUCGAUUCAGGGAGUUCGGACUUGUGGUGAUUACAUGUUUAGCGGACACACCGUGGCCCUGACGCUGUUGAACUUUUUCAUCACAGAAUAUACUCCCCGGAACCUCUACUUCCUGCAUACGCUCACCUGGUUGCUGAACAUGUUUGGAAUCUUCUUCAUCCUGGCCGCCCAUGAGCACUACUCCAUCGACGUAUUCGUGGCAUUCUACAUAACGUCGCGACUGUUUUUGUAUUACCAUACUUUAGCUAACAAUCAGGCUCUGAUGUCACACGACUCUAAUCGGACCCGCAUAUGGUUUCCGAUGUUCAGCUACUUCGAAAGUUCCGUCGAUGGCAUCAUCCCGAACGAGUAUGACACCGUGUACGGCGUACUGUGCAAGGCGUUCAGCUGCGUCCUGUACGUUAAGGACGUUUGCAUGCUAACGGCCCGACGUAUCUGGAUCGCUAACAUCGAUGGCAAUUUGGCCAGGAAGGCUAAACUGCAAGUUUACCAACAUGUAACGAACCGCCGCGAAUCGGAGAAGGUACCGUGUGAUGAUGAUGAAAACGAUGUCACCGAUCAGGUGCCUCAGCCAACCUGUGUGAUUCCAAAUAAUCUCGAACGAAAGCCAGCGAACAAAAAGCCGGUAAAGUGUAGCAACAGCAUCAAUCCUUUCGACACUGACGUGGCCAGUCUGAAGCGUAAGUCGUUCAGCGGUAGUUCGGCCCAGCCAAAGAGUGGUAAUAGUUCGCCAAAGUUGAGCAACAACGAGAGCAAUAAUCGACAUCUUCCGGUCGGUGAUGAGCUGCCGGCCAACGGACCAAAGGGACUAGCGAAAAAAGCCCUCUAAAAUGGGCCCUUUGGUGUUUCUUCCUCUUACGGACGAAUUUGCGUUUGCACACAUUUACUUCAAGUGUCACCCGAAUAGUAGCGUGAAAUUUCUCUCCUCGAAAGCGACAACGAAGGCUUCCGUAAAAUUGCUAUGAAUUUAAUGUUAGAAUGGGUUUCAAACAUUUACAAAAUUUGGCGGGUGCUUGAGAAGCGGCGGUUUUUCUGAGCACCGAAAGCGGGUUUGAAAACGUGUGGCGUAUGGAGAAUGUUUUCAAUCAUUCGAUUAGUUGGUUAUGAUAUUUAUUGUAACAUCUCUUAAUUAGACAUUCGGGGGGGCUAAAGAGGUUGGUAAAGAUUUUUCCUCACUUGCAAUCGUGCCGGUUGCCCCUUUGGUCAAUCGAAUACGUGUUUUGUGAUAUUGUUGUAGAAUUAUUCUGAAAGGCUGGGUGAGGAUAAGCGGCCUUGUUAUAAAUGCAUUCCCGGCAUAUUGAAAGGUUUUGUUUUGUUUUUCUGUCCACCACACUAGUUACGCAGCAGUUUGUGCAACGUUGUGCUGUUUCGUUUUCAUUUGAAUCGUUACCUCAUACCGUUAUCUCGAUCUAUUUAUUAUCAUCCAUUGUAGGUUAUUGGUAGAAUUUGGCGAAAGUAUUAAACCGAUAGCCUGGAAAAGGUGUUGGAUGAACCAACGGACAGGACAGUAGUUAGGGUUAAUUCGGUCGUUUGGCAAGAACGAAGGUCGCAGGUUAAUUUUAAGCUUGUAUCUCCUUCCACAGCCCAGAACUAUACCAGAAAGGGUAGCUCAAGAAAUGAUAUAUAGUCCGUAAAACUCGAGAUGGCAGGAGGCAGUUAAAUCCGGGCCUUUUUCAACUGGCUCUCUUGCCUCUCUUGAGAAAAACAUAAGUCUCGCAUAGUUUCUAAACAUCCGUUAUUCCUCCAGAGGGUUUGAAGCUCUUGCACAUAACUGACUACAUAUUUCCAACCAACCAUCUCCACAACUGUGCAAUAACAAAAAAAACUAAAGUUUCUUCUUACGAUUUACAUACGUUUCUACAACUAACGCACAAUAGAAUUUCAAUGCUGCAAGAGCUUCAAAGUGCACUUUGUUUGAUCAAUACUCCGUCUUCUCUCUUCGUACGUAUGCGGUGGAUAGUGGGCUUCUUGGAUUUGUCGAGAGGUUAGUAAAA